AGAAUUGCACGAAACGCUAAUGUCAAAUGGAUAGAUAUGGUUAUAUUGUUGGCUUCCUACGUUACCUACAAGCUGAAGGCAGUCACUGCAUUGUGGCUAGUGCAGGCGAUUGAAUGGCUGCCUCGUCUAAAGAGUGCACAUUCUGUUUUGCUGUAAUUAAUUUUACGUUACUUGGUGAUUUACGCGUGAAAUAUUCCCUGCCUCAUAUAAUUUGGAUUAUUAAAAUCACCACAUUAGCAAUAGCAAUACAAGAAAUUUUGAAAUGGAAAAAAGCGCGGACGGAUUAUUGUUUCGCGCAGAGAGAAAUAAUGGAGCAAAUGAAGGAACAUUGGGCAUGUGAAAUUUUGCCUUUGGACACAUCUGCAUUUACCCUUCAAGAAAAGGGUUAUAAGGCUAUAAUAAUCUCUGGUGGGCCAAGUUCGGUGUACGCAGAAGAUGCACCUAAAUAUGAUGCAGACAUUUUCAGAAUAGGAAUUCCUGUACUAGGUAUCUGUUAUGGGAUGCAAAUGAUGAAUAAGGAAUUUGGUGGUACUGUACAAAACAAGGAUGGGCGAGAAGAUGGUCAGUUUCCAAUUGAAAUAGAUUCCAAAUGCCUGUUAUUUAAGAGCUUGGAGAAAGAGCAAAUGGUACUGUUAACACACGGAGACAGUAUAGAUAGGGUGGCUGAUAGUUUUCACAUUACUGCUAGAUCGUCAAACUUUAUAACAGGAAUAGCAAGUGAUAAAAUGAAUUUGUACGGAGUACAGUUUCACCCGGAAGUAGAUCUCACACCUAAUGGGAAGAUAAUGUUAAACAAUUUUUUGUUUGGCAUUGCUGGCCUGACUGGUAAUUAUACGCUUCGCGGCCGGGAGACACAGUGUAUUCAGUACAUCAGAGAUACAGUUGGCAACAAAAAAGUUUUGUUGUUAGUGAGCGGAGGUGUGGAUUCUACGGUAUGCGCAGCGCUACUACAUAAAGCUUUAAAUAAGGAACAAGUCAUAGCUUUGCAUAUCAAUAACGGCUUUAUGCGGAAAGGGGAGACGCAAUUUGUGGAACAAAGUUUGGCACAUUUGGGAAUUCGAUUAAGAGUCGUCAAUGCGGGACGCUGUUUCAUGCAAGGAACCACGUCUGUUCCCUUAGAUAAUGUCACUCCAGUAGCCAAUACAAAUACUAUAAAUAACAAAGGAAUAUGUGGAACAGCAACUAGUCCAAGAACUAGAUUAACUAAAAUGUUGUGUGCAACAACUAGUCCGGAAGAAAAACGAAAAAUCAUAGGAGACGUUUUUGUCAGAGUAGCUAAUGAAGCAAUGGCAGAAAUGGGUUUGAAGCCAGAAGAGGUGUUUCUUGGACAAGGCACUCUCAGGCCUGACCUUAUAGAAAGUGCGAGUACAUUAGCUAGUGGUAAAGCAGAUGCGAUAAAAACGCAUCACAAUGAUAGUGAACUCGUUAGAGCAUUAAGAGCACAAGGUCAUGUAGUAGAACCUUUAAAAGAUUUUCAUAAGGAUGAAGUAAGGCAAUUAGGAUGCGAUCUUGGAUUACCAGCAUCGCUGGUUGCUCGUCAUCCAUUUCCCGGACCUGGACUCGCUGUACGCAUUCUUUGUGCAGAUGAACCUUACAUGGAUAAAGAUUUCUCUGAAACGCAGGUGAUAGUUAAAAUAAUGGCAGAAUAUGAACAAAUGUUGCAAAAGAAACACGGAUUGUUAAAUCGCGUAGAAAGUGCGACCAGCGAAUCUGAACGUCAAUAUUUGCGACAGCUUUCGAGUUACCGGCAUAUUUCUGCAACGCUUUUGCCUAUACGUAGCGUAGGAGUGCAGGGAGAUAGAAGAAGUUACAGCUAUGUAGUGGGUUUAUCUAGCGAAGAAAAUUUAUCCGAGGGAAUAGAAUGGAAAGAUCUGUUGUUCCUCGCAAAACUAAUUCCACGAGUAUGUCAUAAUGUAAAUCGUGUGUGCUUCAUUUUUGGUCCUCAACUACAUCACCCUGUAACGGAUAUUACACCGACUCAUCUUACGUCGAAUGUGAUAGCUACGCUUCGACAAGCAGAUCAUGUAGCAAACUUAGUACUAACUAACCACGGUUGUAUGGGAGCAAUCAGUCAAAUGCCAGUAGUUUUAAUUCCCAUACACUUCGAUCGUGAUGCUGCUUCUCGAAUACCCUCAUGUCAACGUUCAGUUGUUCUUAGGCCAUUCGUUACUAAUGAUUUUAUGACUGGUACUCCGGCUGUUCCUGGGAAGGAAUUGCCACUACAUGUGGUGAAAAAAUUGGUGACCGAAAUAUCUUCAAUACCCGGUAUCUCGCGUGUUUUAUAUGACUUAACGUCGAAACCGCCAGGAACUACCGAAUGGGAGUAGUAAACGCUCAUCUUUGACUCACCCUUUUCUAUUUUUUCACCUUCCCAGCGCGUA